UAGGCGUGCCAGAUAAUGCGCGGCAUCGGCGUCCCUCGCCGCCGUCACAGCGCCGAUAGCGGCCGGCCGCCGAUCGGGGGCGGUGCUGAAGUACGCGGACGGACGCAUGUGCGAAACAGUGGCGCUCAGCCGGCCGCAGGAGAGCCUAUAAAACAACCCCGCCCUUUCCACGGAGCUGUCAGAGUGCUCGUGAACUGCGUCUCGCUUCCACGGAAGAGCACUUCCGCGAGAUCCCAGCCCGUAUUGCUUCCUGCAGCCGCUGUUUUCUGCAAGUGGGAUACGCAUAGACGAAAGGCAGCAAUGGCGACGGAAGCUUCUACUGGGCCUGAGGCGGUCGUGGAGUCUCCUCCGGUCACCGAAAACCACGUGGAAUCUGAAGUGAAGCCGGCGGUUGUGGAGCAGCACGCCUCCCCGGAAGCUGAGGAGCCAGCUGCCAAGCCUGCAGAGACUGUGCAGGACGCACCCAGUCCUUCCGAGCCCGCGAAGGAUUCGGAAUCUUCUGCCAAGACUGAAUCGCAGGAGGAAGACCAACAGAGUGACAAGCCGGAGAGCCAGCAGGCACUACUCGCCGCGCCAGAACCUCCCAAGGCGGACGCUCCCGUCAGCGAACCUUCACCUGCUGCGGAUACAGCAGCACCUGCCGCUGAAGUGAAAGCUCCCACCACGGAACCCGCAGACACGAGCAAGUCCGAAGCCAGCGCCAAGGCUGAGGACGUGAAGGCGGACGCCGCCGUUGACGUGGUCGCCGACGAGCUGAAGGACCUUGCCGUCAAGGACGACACCGAGCCGAAGAAGGCCGACGAGCCCAAGCCAUCCGAGUCCGACGACAAGCCUGCAUCUUCGGAGGCCCCAGCGGAAGGCGACGCUUCGUCAAAGGCGCCUGAAGCAGACAAGCCCGCCGCCGAAGGCGAAGAAAAGGGAAAGAAGCAGCGGCGUUGCGUCAUAGUUUAGCUUAAUAUAGGUUCGCUAUUCACUAUUUAUAUGAACAUCCUUUUUUACAAAGUGUUCUUUAAUAAAUCUUUUU